AUGGCAGUGGGUGCAUUGCACAAGUCCAUUGGGGCCAUUCAGUUCUUUGGUUGUAGCAAUGAUUCUGUAUCUACUAAGGGAUUUGGAAUUUCCUCAUUGAGAUUUAUCUCAAAGGGUUUUGCAGUAGACAUAAAGUUUCUCAGUAAAGGAAUGCACCGUUCUAACCAGUGCAAAAUGAAUGUAAUUCAUGCAAUUCCUUCUCAUGCUUCUGUAUUGGGUCCAAUCUGUUCUACUCCACACUCUACCACCAAUUAUAAUCAGAACACAUCAAUCGAAUCUGCCUUGAUAUUGAUUCGGCAUGGUGAGUCUAUGUGGAAUGAGAAGAAUUUGGUCACUGGUUCUGUUGAUGUGCCUUUAACCAAGAGAGGCAUAGAGGAAGCCAUUGAGGCUGGUGAGCGAAUUAGCAGCAUACCAGUGGACAUGAUUUACACAUCUGCUUUAAUUCGUGCACAGAUGACAGCUAUGCUCGCCAUGACUGAACAUCGCCGCAAGAAGUCCAUUUUCUUCAGGUAUGGGGAGUUGCAGGGUCUUAAUAAGGAGGAGACGGUUGUAAGAUAUGGAAAGAAGAAAGUGCAUGAAUGGCGUCGGAGUUUUGAUAUUCCUCCCCCAAACGGCGAGAGCUUGGAAAUGUGUUCUCAAAAAGCUAUUGAACCCCAGCUUCAGAAUGGAAGGAACAUAAUGGUUGCCGCCCACGGGAAUUCUCUGAGAUCUGUCAUUAUGUAUCUUGAGAAAUUAACUUCUCAGGAGGUUAUUAAUUUGGAAUUGUCUACUGGGGUUCCAUUACUUUACAUAUAUAAGCAUGGAAAAUUUAUGAAGAGGGGCAGUCCUUUUGGACCUACAGAGUAUGGGGUUUAUGCUUACACUAAGUUAUGA